GAAAAAUUUAGAGUAAAUAAGACAUUAAUAAAAUGGUGUGACAAAGCACUAGAAAUGAGGAAAAACAUAUAUUCAGAACAAUUAAUUAAAAGAAAAUAUGUAUCUCAGCCAUUACAAUGAAAAAAAUUGAUGGCACCCCAUAGUACCUGAAUCCACAAUCAUCAUCUUAACAGCUAAAGAACUGAAUCACUAGGCUAUGAUGACAUUUCCAAGUCACUGUUAUAUUCAAGGCUCUAUUCGAUUACAAGAAAUACCUUUUUGCCAGUCAUUCACAAAUGAGGCUCCAUCAGGGUAAACGGCUGGGCAUUGAUAACUGGGACACUUACCUGCUCCACUGCAUAGGUGUUUCAAAAAGUUAUUUCCACCCCUUUUCGUGAUGUCACCCAACUACUGCCAAAGAUCACAGAGUCAUGCCAGUGUGUUAUGGAGCUUGUAAUGGAGAAGAAUUUGUGUUGUUUGCUUUAUUUAGCACUAAAGGUGAACUCAGACUACUCUGACGUGAUGUGUUCCCACGUCACGUCAGACAGCGUGGGACCACGUCAGACACGAAGCUGUGUUCACAUUGGCGUGACGUAUAGCAGCAUGAAACAACUACUUCGUCUGCAUUGUAUUUUCCGACAGUUUGUUUUGAACCUGCAACCAUGAAUGUACUGUGUGUUUUUGAAAUGCUGGAAGAAGAAGAAGAAGAAAUGGCUGCUCUGUGUAUUGCAUCCAUUUGCUCUUCCGAAGAGCGGUUUAAGUGGUAUUACAGAGUGACAGAAACUGAAUUCUACCAUCUCCUGAGCUUGGUUGGUCCGAUAAUAGAAAAACGCUCCACUCAACUCAGGGAAAGCGUUCCGGCAGAGAUACGACUUGCAGUUUGCUUGAGGUACUUGGUGACUGGCAAUUCUUACAGAACAUUGGGUUUUUCUUUUUGGAUGGGAUUUUCAACUAUUGGAGAAAUAGUCAGAGUGUUGUGAGGUAAUUUGGAAAACUCUACGACCGAUUUACAUGCCAGAACCAAACAAAGAUGAAUGGGAACAGAUAGCCAAGGAUUAUGAUGAGAAGUGGAAUUAUCCACACUGCAUAGGAGCUUUGGACAGCAAGCACGUUCAAAUCCGAUGUCCAGCUGGUGCUGGUUCAUUGUACUAUAACUACAAAGGAAUAUAUGCCAUUGUUUUAUUGGCUUUGGUAGCUGCAAAUUACAAAUUCACACUUGUUGACGUUGCAGCUUACGGCAAAAAUAGCAAUGGAGGAACUGUUGACCGAUCUGAGAUGGGGAAAAGAUUUGAAAGCAACAAUUACGCCGUUCCAAAAGACAAAGAGCUACUACCAGCAAUGGAGCUUCCUUAUGUAAUUAUUGCAGAUGAAGCCUUCCCUCUUAAAGCCUAUUUGAUGCAUCCAUAUAGCAAAGCAGCCAUUACAAGUGACGAAGAGAAGGUAUACAACUACCGUCACUCAAGAGCUCGACGGACUGUAGAAAAUGCUUUCGGAAUUCUAGCCGGGCGCUGGAGAAUAUUUCUAAAGCCUAUUGAAACUAAACCAGAAAUUGUCAAUCCAAUAGUUUUAGCUUCCACCUGUCUACACAACAUGCUUCGGAAUACAUCGACAAAUAUUUCCCCUUUCGAGGACCAAAUCAGAAUGGAAAGUGAACACAUUCAUGGUGUAGCCAACCUCGAGCCCAUUCGUAGAAAUUUCGUGAGAGAAGUGGCCAUCACCAGAGAUAAGUUCAAAAAGUACUUCGUUUCUGAUUAUGGUUCAGCAAGUUGUCCUUGGCAAUGGCACUCCAUUAGAAAGGGUAGAGUUGCUCCAUGACAAGUCCAGUAUUAUUUACUUAAUACGUGCAUUCGUUAUAACCGACCAUUUUAAGUUCAGUUGGGUGUUAUUUUUAAUUACAAUUCAUAUA